AAGACGCCCUCUAAAGGCCCAGGCAAGCGAACAAGACGGGAGGGGAUUUCCAGGCGGAUCAGUGUUUCCUUUACUUGUUUUGCUUUCGAUCUGGACGCUGAGCAAAGCCAAGUUAAGUUUUAGUUUUGUUACUGGGCAUCAGAAACUUAAGUGAGAGUGAAUCAAAGGCUUUUCGAAACAAACUUUCCGUACUUAUUAAGAAUCAGUGCCCGCGGAUCUUCUGCAAGGAACAGGCAUUUUCUACCAGACACAUCAGGACGAUCUACUGGGUUCCUUCAGGCUAUACCACAGAACAGACAGCAAGAAGGACCCACUAAAUGUUUGCCUUUGUUUUUGAGUUUACAGUAGUUUUUAGUCAUCAUGCCUGUUGAACGAAUGCGAAUGCGUCCUUGGCUAGAAGAUCAAAUAAAUUCAAGCAAAAUACCGGGCUUAAAAUGGUUAAAUAGGGAAAAGAAGAUUUUUCAGAUUCCUUGGAUGCAUGCAGCUCGCCAUGGAUGGGACGUGGAUAAAGAUGCCCCUUUAUUUAGAAAUUGGGCCAUUCAUACAGGAAAAUACCAGCCUGGAGUAGAUAAGCCAGAUCCAAAGACAUGGAAAGCCAAUUUCCGUUGUGCAAUGAACUCUUUGCCUGACAUUGAAGAAGUUAAAGAUAAAAGUAUUAAAAAGGGUAGUAAUGCAUUUCGAGUCUACCGAAUGCUAACACUAACGGAACGACCUACCAAAAAAGGAAAGAAAAAAGUAGACAAAGAUGAAUCAAUGAACAUAAUUAAGGUGGAGUUGCCUAAUACUACAUGUGAAAGAACUAAUGGAGAAGCGGAUUCGAAGUCUGACGUGAAAGAAGAGAUGCGGGAGCAGUGUUCAGAGAGCACUGUUCCAGAGUUCAGCCAGACGACAUCCCACAGUGUACUGGAAGACCAAGUGAUCUUCACCAACCCACCUGAUGUUUGCCAGGUAAUUGAGGUGAUAACGGAAAGUGAAGACCAGUCAGUGACUUCCAGUCAUCCCUAUCCGUUACAGAUCUCACCAGUUUCUUCAUACGCAGAAAGUGAAACUGACAGUGUACACAGUGAUGAAGACACUAAAGAAGGUAUCCGAAUAUGGCAGACUGGUGGAGUGGAAGGGAAGCCUUUCUUAAACAACAAAGGAAUUAUCAGCAGCACAUGCCAGUUGCCGAGCAUGGCCACCUUUGUGACAACUGGAAAGACCAAUUUUAAAGUGAUCAGUAGCCGAGAAGAGUCUCCCUUGAUUGCCUACAGCUCCACUCCAUGGACAGCCCUUUCAGAAACAAUCCCCCAGCAGGCUGCACUCAGCUCUUCAGUGAACCGACCAGGCCACGAGACAAGGGCCAGCGUCAUUAUGAAGACAUCAGACAUUUCCAAAUCCAGGGUAAAAACUUGCUGAGCCAGUUCUUUCUUUCUUUGUUGCUUCAGGAAAACUAUCUGAUCAGCUCUCAUUCAGGCAGUGCCAUUUUUGGAUGGUGAGAGACAAAAGCCUUCCUAGGUUGCCUGAUCAAUGGUGUUGUUUUCUUUUUAUCAAAGUACACAGGUCCUGAUAACCUGGCUGCCUGAUUCAAUUACUUUCUAGAGCUCAGGAUAGCACAUCUGACAUGGGAAUGCCACUGAAAUCUACUGCAGUUCAUGUUUUAUUUUAUUAGACAGUCUUAAAAGUGAAGACUGUUGUCAUAUUUUUACCAAAAGGAUGACAUAUAUUUGAAGGUUUCCACAUUGAUCAUGUAAUGUGCGUUGUUGUAAGAAAGGGAAUGUCUCUGAAUUAAGGAAGACACUGUGAAUUAUUGGUAUACCAAGAGAAAAUGUUGUGAAUAUGUACAUAGUGUGAUCCUGGUAUAAUUGCAGCUGGCUUCAGCACCUUAUUGAAAGCACUUCUACAGCAUAUGGCACCAUAGGCACUUCCACAACUCAUCCUACGACGUUUGGACGUUUGGAGCCUUGAGUAAGUAAAAGUUUCUGUGGAGGAGACUGCUGUGUAAUGCUCAAAACUGCGUUGGUUUUAACUGUUUUUUUUUUUUUUGGUUUCUUAAAAACAAAAAGCAGGAUUGUAAAAAAAAAAAAAAUUUUUUUUAAAAAGUAUGUAAAACUAAUAUGAAAAAAUGUGAUGACAUCAGCUACUUCUAAUCUUUACUGCAAGCCUUUAUAGUUUUAUUUUGUCCUUUUUUAUUAAAGGGAAUACUUUAUUCAGGGUGAAUCUUAUGUAAAGGUUUUAUCUUUUCUACCAAAAAGUGUGUUUGAUUUUAAUUCAUAAUUAGACAUUUUACUGAAAUUAAGUGGCACAUUUCUUUUCUGAUUUUUGUAAUAGUGUACAGUUGGUAUGACCUUCUAAAUGAUAUAUAUAUAGAAUAUGAAAUAUAUAUAUACAGUAUAUAUAUAUUGCUAUUAAUCCUGUGGAUCAAUAAAUAUGCAAAGCUUAAUUAAAGUGUUUGAUUACAGCUCUAAUUACCCAUGGAGUAGCGUUUCUUGCAGCUCAAAAUGGUUGCUCGAGAGUGACAAAGCACAAUCAAUAGAUCAGCCUUUGCUUUCUGCUGUGUGCCUUAACAGACCAUCCUGUAGCAGUGUGACGGAAAUAUGAGCAGGACAAGAAAAUACUGUAUACAAAACCGAAGAAGAGAUGUUUAUUUUGUUCAUGACUGGUGAAUUGUCAGUCAUCAGGUUAGUUAGCCAUCUUUUGGAAAUAAAGAUUGGUAUGAGUGAACUAAUGACUUGAGCAAGAUAUGAUUUUUUUUUUAAUUAUUAUUUUUAUACGUAUAAACUUCUGUGACCAAGUGCUCUGCAGCAGAUGCCAAAAGUGGGUAACUAAUAAGGAAACAAGCUUAUCUUUAUUAAGUUGGGUGUUCCAGUUCCUGUCGCAGCUAUCAGUGAUCACAAAGAUCAUGUGAAAGAAUAUAUCACCUUAAUAUUUUAAAUACUAUUUCUAUAAGAAACAUUUUUUGUUGUAUGCAUUGCAAUAUUAGAAUGAUGUCAUUAAGGGGCAAUAGCAUUCAAAGAGAACAACACGUGAAAAGUUUAAUGUGUACACAUCUUUUUAAUAUAUUGAAUGUAUCAUUGAAAGCAAAAAAAUAAAGACAAGUUAUUGCACUGUAAAACUAA